AUGCCUCGACAAUAUGCCUGUUACCGCACGCAUUCCCAUAUUGCGCCGUACCAUGAAGGUGUGUUUCGGAAAAGAUCUCUGAAAGGUGGCACGACCCGUGCUCAGUGGGAGGAUGUGACCGGAUCGACGCCGCUAACGUUCGUGAACGAUUGCGUGUCGUUCACUACGACCGUAUCGGCCCGGUUCUGGCUGAUGGACUGCCGUAACAUAGCCGAUGCGACGAAGAUGGCAACCGAGCUCUACAAAGAGGCCAUACACGUGCCGUUUAUGGCCAAGUUUGUUGUGUUCGCUAAGCGCACCGAUCCGCUGGAGGCGCGUCUCCGGGUCUUCUGCAUGACAGACGACCGUGAGGACAAAACGCUCGAGCAUCAGGAGCACUUUACCGAGGUCGCCAAAAGCCGAGACGUCGAGGUGCUGGAGGACAAACCGCAGUACAUCGAGUUGGCCGGAAACCUGGUGCCGGUCACGAAGUCGGGCGAGCAGCUGAGCCUGCCGUUCAAGGCGUUCCGGGAGAACCGACUACCAUUCGCGGUGCGGGUGAAGGACCAACACGCGGACAUCGUUGGGCGCACGCUGUUCAUGCGCGAGCCCAAGAUUGCCAAGGGUGAACCGCCGCAGCAGCCGAUCUGCAUACUGAACAUUGUGCUCCCGGAAACGAUCAUACCGGAGCACACGACCACCAUUCAGGACUCGCACGAGAUAUUGCUGCGCGUCGGUCGAUCGCGAGCCGUGGCCCCGCCUCGGCAGCUGCUGGUUGACGACCAGAACUACCUGGGCGAGCUGCGCGUCGUAGACAUUUCGAACCUGCUCGGGGAGGAUUGGAUCAGACUCGCACCAGAAAUCGGCGUAAGCGAGACGGACGUGGAGAACAUCAUUGCCCAGAUCCCGACCAGCACGGCUCAGCAGGCACAGGCGAUGCUGAAGCAGUUCCAAUCCAAACCAAACAACGACUUCAACAUCUUGGAGAACGGACUGCGCACCAUCCAUCGGGACGAUAUCGUGGACCGGUGCAUACGCAGUGCCACCACCACCGGCACCACGACCACCGUUACUAUGCGCAACAAAACUUCCUUUUCUAUCGGCAAACGCAGUGUCGACUCCGCUGCAGAGAUACUCACCGAGACGGAUUCCAUAUCAAAGAUGGCACAAAAAGACGAUCGCCUCUCGAAAAAGGAAUCCACCAAAUACUCGGUGGAGGAGAAAACCGUCGAGGAGUCGGAGGAAUCGGAGGAAGAGCUGGUGAAGAAAACGGUGGCGGAGCGGCGUAAACAAAUCGAGAAGCGGCUGUCGGCCGACCGUUCGAUACCGGCAUCCACCCAGAAGAAAGAGCUAGUCGAGGAGAUCAUCACCAUCAAGCGGCAAAGUGUCAUAGACGAUACGCGGGCGCGGCACGAGGAAGAAAUUCUGAUGCAGAAACCGAUCGACAACACGUACAAAUCGGCCACCAUGCCGGAGCCAGUGGUCAAGCUGAAAACGGCCGUCGUGAAGGAUGGCCCUACGGUGAGGAAGGAUGAGUUCGACCAGGAGCUGCAGGAUAAGUUCAAAACGACACUCAAGAACGUGGAGGAGUUUGAGCACAAGUCUGAAGUCCUCGAACAGCUGGGAUCCGACGUCGUUACGGUCAAGAGUGUUUCAUCUUCACCACGCGUUGUGGAGGAGUUGAAGAAAAAACCGGAGGAGAGUCUUCCCGAGGCAGUGCAAGUGGAUUCCGAAAAGCAGCAGUGGCGCCAGUCGUCCAACGAGGUGGUGUCGCCAGUUCCGCGAGAGCGUGCUCCUGUUCCGGCCAAACGUACCAGCCUGACAAAGGAGCCGGAAGAGUUGCAUGGCAUCGUCGAGGAAUCGAUCAAGGACGUCAAGCAGCGAAUCAGUUCUUUCGAAACCAAAACCAAGACUGAAACCCUAGUUGGCAGCAAGCACUCGUCUACGGACACGAGCAGUGCGCGCGACUCGUGGAACGAGGAACACCGGAAGGAGUUGAAACAGGCUGUUGAGGAGCAUGCGGCUCGAUCGGCGCAGAUGUCCGAAGACUCCGAAAGUGAGUUGAUUGCUCGGAAGGAAGUCACCACCAGUCAAGAGCAGCGCACCGUGGACGAAUUGUCGAAAACGACAUCGCAACAGGACACUACGAAGUUCGAGCAGAUCAAAACUCAUCACCAUGGGGUGUCUUUUGCGCACGAAAAAGAAAGCUUCUCGGACGACCCUGCGAGCAGCGACGGCCAGCCGGUUGUGGAGGAUGCGCGAUGGAGGGAACAAGACUCCGAGCCUUCUUCGAUGUCAGAGGCACGGCAUGUGCAGCAAGUGACCACGACGACGGAAGAAAGCUUCUCACAACAAUUCAAAUCCGAAACCGUGAGUAAGGUGGAAGAAACGCUCACUAAGGUUGCAGCAAAGUCCGCAGCAACCGUCCUCGAUGCUGGAUCCAAAUUGACACAGUCUGUCGACUACGCCACCACGGGCAAGGAUGAUAGGGGGCUGGUGCGCGAAGAAUUUGUUGCCCGCAGCGCCGAGAGUAGCAGUUUCGUGGACCGCAAGGUGGAAUCGGUCGUGCGCGAGCAGCGUAAUGAGGAACCGGUCGUGGAGAAGCGUGAUGUACACCGGGAGGUCAAGGAAAGCUCGGACAAAAUGGCAGAAGCCCACCUGAAGGAAAUCGUAGCAGGUGACAAGGGUAGUGCUCCGCUUGAGUCAUCGACGGAAGCCUAUACGGUGGAAAGUUUCGACGGUGUACGGCGAGAAACUACGAGCUCGGAUCCGUCGGGAACUUUGGCUGAGCUGAGUGGAACAGCGGUAUCCACCGUGGAGACCGCAGUUCGUCAAGGGGAAGAUAUGGUCAGCGAAAAAAUUGUCGAGAAGGAAGAGGAACUGCGUCGAACCGAGAAGAAGGUGUCCGCAGAAUCGGUGGAAACACCGGCUGUGACGGAGACGGUCUCGCGAACGAUUUCCCAGGAAAUAACAUCAAAAAUACCGGUGCCAUCAAAGAAGGCUAGUCCGGACGCGAAAGAUCAUUCGGAAGCUGAAGCACCCCUUGCAAACGAAUCCAUAGAAACCGAACAGAAGCUAGUGUUUGACGUAGAAAAUACACAAUCAGCUGCCGAACAAAUGGAAGCAACGGUUUCCAAAAUUCCUCGCUUUGGUGUGCCCAAGCCCGCGGGCAAACCUGACGUGACACCAGUAAAAUCUCCAGAACCAGACAGUGCCAGCUUAUCUAAGAUACCGAUCUUCAAAGACCGCAAAGUGUCGGAGCAGAUUUCAAGCGAUUCUUGUGAAACGGUCAUUUGCCAGAAAUCGCUAGCAGAGCAGAGCAGCCACCGUGGGCCCACCGACGGAACCGUCAGUGAAGUUAAGUUCUGGGACAGGGUGGGCAGUGAGCCGGAUGAUGCCAUUUUGCGGGACGAUGACGAGGAAGUGAUUCGAGCCACGAGUAAGUGUGACCGCGAACUAACCGAGAUAAUAACCAAGGAUCAUCGUGCGGUCACACCGGACGAUUUCAUCGAUGAAAUUAUCGAAGAGGCUCACGACAAGGUACAGCAGCUGCAGUCCGCUGACGUUACGGUCGGCACUCUGGACCUCAGUCGCUCGGAAGAAGAACAAUUCGACAAAUCGGCUUACCCGAUGCCGGAAUAUGUUUCGGAAGGGCACGUCUCGAGCCGUUACGAUGAAAACGAAAGCCUUGCGGAAGACGAAGAGCAGGAUCAGGAGAAGUGGAAAGAUACAUUCACCGAACACGACGAUGCAUUACAGACGUCGGCCAGUUUCGAAGGCGAUGAUGAUGAGUAUCUAGUGCUGGUUCACUCGGAGGCGGCUCGGCUCGUCGAUAGUGUGCUGGAGCAGAGUGUGUCGAUCGUCAGCGUCAGCUCGCAGCCCUUGGGCGGCCCGCUGACGGCCGAUCGCGAACUCCAGGCGCCGUCCGAUAGCGAACAGUAUGCGAUCCGGAGCGACAUCCUGUCGUCUGCCGAUGGCGGUCUGGUGGUGAAGUCGCCGACCAUCGAGUCCAUGUCCGGGAAGUCGUUCGACGACAACAUGAGCAACCCCGAGUACGACCCAUUGGUGCUGGGCACGUCCUCUUCCCCCUCCGUGCCGCGACGCCCUAGCGACGCGCUGGGCGAGCAGUGCGCCGAGCUGCCAGAGGGCAUGCCCCACGAUGAGGCCAGGGCACGGCCGGACCGUGGCUAUAAAACGGCAAUUCUCGCCGAUGACGGUGUUGACGGUGAUGGCGGUGAUGGUGAUGAUGGGUGUAAGGAGGGCAGCGAGGACCACGGCGAGGGCACACCGGACUCGGCCGCGGCCGCGGCCACUAAUGCCCGGCGGGCCAAGCAGGUCGAGCGCAAGUACGCCCGGCUGUCGGCGGACCUGGGCCCGGAAGUGUUGCUCGACAAAAACCAAGAGUACGACGAUGCGAUAUCGCAAAUCAAAGACGAGGUGUCGAUACUCCAGAGCGAGUACUCCAAGCUGAGCUGGGACGAAAGCAUGUCAGCCACUACGGGAGAUUUCGGAUCCAGCACGCCCGACAAUGACUUACAAGAAACAGAAACGCAACUGCAAACGCAAGAACCUAACGUACCAAAGACAGCACUCCGAACCCAAACUAAACCCGCUAUAGCUGCUGCCACUGUUGAACUCGCCGUUUCCGACGCUCCGCCAUGCGGUGCCGUGGACGCUGUAACUACUGCUAUUACUACUACCGCUACUGUUGCUGUUGCCACCAGUACUACCUCCGCCGAGUCUACCACGAGUUCGUCGUUGCACGGUAAGGUGGAGGAAAAGUCCGUCUCGCUGACGGCUACCGAGCCGGAACGGCCAAGCGAUUCGUCCAGCUACGAAGGUCACCCGCUGCCGAAGCCGCGUACUAGCAUCUCCUCCCGCACGGACACCGCUACCCGGUCGAGCCUGCUGGAGUCGUUCGAGCAUCAGGACUCGAUCGAGCAGUACCCGGAGCCGGUGGCGGCGGAGGACGCUUCAACCGGGGCCAAGUUCUUCAUAGGAGAGUGCAGCAGCGACAUUAUUACGCGCACCUCCAACACCACCACCACCACCACGGGGGUCACUGCCGCUGACCGGCGGCUGGACUUUGCAUUCGACAACGAGGGCUACACGCAGGGUUCCGAGGAUGAGCCGCGCCAGGAUGCGUUCGAGGUUUACCACCAGCAGGUCCGGCAGGACGACAGCUUUACGCUCGAUUCACUGAAAGAGCUCGACAUUGGGGCCAGGUCCACCACGGCUCCGGUCGUACACUCGCCUGUAGCGCCCGUGACGAUCCCUUUGCGGGAGGAGCCCUUGUCCGGCGGGUCGCAGCGCUACUCAUCGAUGACAUCGGACGAGCUGACCAUCGCGAAGACGCUCGAUGAGGUGAAGGAGUCGCUGGAUGCGGUGCAGGAUGAGCUGCAGGAAGCCGUCAUGGACGGCAGCACCAUCAAGCAGUCGCCGUCCGAGUUUGAGCUGAAAGUCCUGCCCGCGACGCACUACGCGCAUGAUCCGAUCUACGAGACCAGCCACGAGGAAGUGGCUCCUACUGCCACCGGCAUGGGAGCCGGUGAGAAAUCGGACCUUUCGGACGUGGAGUCAAAAGACCGGACCGGAGUAAGCCCGUUCCGAAUCGAUGAGGCCACCGUCUGGGGUACGGCAGGGUCUUCGGACAGUUCGCAGGCGAAGCUCGACGUUACCACGCGCGUAAGAAAGGGUCCGCACGCGGUUCGCGGCAGUCAGCGAUGGUCCGCCACCGAUGUGGACAGCUCCGGUGAAAGCCACUAUCAGAGCCUCGAGCACACGGACAGCAGCCGGCCGGUCUCGUCGGACCUGGAGAACGUCAUGGCCCACGUCUCGUCCGAGUACGAGACGGCCCUGGAGCACUCGACCGUGCGCACGUCCGCUACCGGGACCGAAUACCAUAGUGCCGUUAGCACGCUGCACUCAUAUCCGGUGAGCUCGCAUGACAGCAUGAAGAGUUUCGAUUCGGAGAGCUCUGGCAACCUGGCCAGCAUUGAGUCGGAAGCCACCGAGACGCUCGUCCCGUCAACGAUGGACGGUGACUUCGAUUCAUCGGAUGCGCCGCUGAUCCACGACGACUCCGAGGACGACCUGCGCGAUAAGCUGCUGCUGCUUGAUGACCGGGAAGAGCUCUCGUCAACGGCGAGCAGCAUUCCGAUCGCCAUGAAGCGAUCGCAUGAAAUGGACUUUGCGGAGCUGAAGCACGAGGACCGGGGCGAGCACCGGAUGGAGUUCGAAGCGGAUGUAGGCGUUCCGGAGCACGACGAGAAGCUGAGCUCCAGCAUAGGGACGGCUCACGAUUUGGUAGCGUCUAUGCAAGCGGCCGGCUUUGAGGACAGCAAAACCGACCAGCUGUCGGAGGAGACGAAGCUCGGCACGAGUGUCGAGGAUGGUAGCAUCCUGUCUAUCAGCCUGUCCAGUGCCUCCAACCUUGAGACUAUCAUGGAGAACCUAUCCGAACGGACGGCAACGGCGGCCACCCAUACCGACGUCGGUCUGGAUGCCGUGACACCCACCGGCAGCGGGGUGGCCUUGCUGCUCGGAGACGUCACGCUGACAUCGACCGUGCUGACGGAAGGGGAUGUGAACUUCCUCAAUACCCAGGCAACGACCGAGAUCAUUCAGCAGACCGAUCAAGCGGACGCACGGGAGGAAGCUGACGCCGACGCGGGUGAGUCGGGGCGCAAGCGGGGUCACAAGCGCACCGAAAGCACGGCCAUCGUGUCGGGCAAGUUUAUGGCGGAGAUGGAGGAGAACCGCGACUCGCUCGAAUCGCAGGACGAUUCGCUCUCGCUGGAGGCCUCCAAGCCGUCCAGCUCGGAGCGUGACGAAACGCGGGACGAGUCGUCCGACUCGGAUUACGAUCGGUACGAGAGCGAGUACUCGCGCUCUUUCCGGGCGCCGGUGGCACAGUCGAAGAAAAAGGACAAAAUGGUUGGCGACGUGUUCGAGAAGGACCUGGCCGAGCUGGAUCGGCGCAACUCGUUCUCGCCGUCCCAGUCGGUGAUCGAAACGAUCGUUGAGGAUGUGCACGCCGAGACGGAGCAGGGCGACGAAGCGCACCGCCUGAUGGUCAGCAAAAGCCAGCGCUUGCAGGAGUACCGCGAGUCGUCCACCCAGAACAUUCCCGACAUUCACGUCACGGCCGAAGUUACGGAGGGUGGUGAGGAGGACGAUCAGUCGGAGGAUUGUGGUGCGCCGGCUCCUACGGCCCCGGUGGCGUCGACAUCGGGCCCAGCGCAGCCGGAACCGCCCGUUCGACCCAUGCCUGACCCCGUGCCAACCGUGGUCCAGUACGCCAAACAGGAGGAAUUCCAGCUGACCGAGGAACAGUAUCAGGAGCUGAUCGAGCAAAAGUACAAAGCGAAGCUGGCCGAUACGACCACCAAGUACGGGUUCGAUGUGGACGAAAAGGACGAUUCGGCCGGUUCGGAUUCGUUCGAAAUGCUGGAGCAGCCCGACAUUUCGGACGAGUUCGUGAUCGUGGAGGAGGUGGCGCGCGAGGCGCACGAGUUCGACUCGGAGGGCAAGAGCGUGGCCAUCAAGCCGGUCAAACUGGAGAAGAAGCACGACGAGGACGUGGAGAAGAUGCUGGUAAAGUCGGCGCCGGCAAACACGAACGCCGGUUCGCUGUAUGCCGCCAACAUGCGCGAGGACAUGAUGUACGAGUUCGAAGAGAGCCCCCCGACCGGCACCGGGGGCACCGGGCCCGAAGAGGUCGAGGGGGCCGGCGUCACGAUGGACCUGCUGAACAAUGGGUACCCGCUCGAGGAGAGCAAACGCUGGGUGGAGAUGCAGCUGGCGGAGACGCAGAACUUCCGCUACCCGUACGAGGACCGGUUGGAGGACAUCAAGGAAGAGGACACGGACUUCGAGGUGGGCAGCAGCCGGAUUGGCUCGAUCAAGGACUCGUUCUCGAGCACCCCCGACUACGAUAUGCUGGCCCGGCGAAUGGCAUCGCGCGAGCACGAUGACAUUUCCAUGAGCAGCCUGCAGGAGUUUGAGAGCCUGGAGCAAGUGAUUUCGUUGGAGAACCGCAAGAUGCAGCAGGGAUCCCAGGACUCGCUGAGCAAUGGCAGCUUCACGCGCCGCUUCAUGCAGCGGGGCGGCGUACACGGGGACGACAUUAGCUUGUCGAGCCUGAAGGAGUUCGAGGGUCUGGAGAGCGCUUGCAUCGAGGCGCACCUGACCGAGAUCAAGGCCAAAGAGGAAGCGGCAUUGCUGCUGUCCCGUUCGGACGAGUCAAACAAAUCGGACCGAUCGAACGGAGCCAAGCGCAGCCCACCGACAAACGGUGCCGGAGCAAGGCAGGCUUCCGGUGGUGCCGUCCCGCAAACUGUAAGCACUACCGUGACCAGGACCGUGACCACCGUCGGCGGGCGUAGUGGCGCUGGACCGUCGGAGGUACUGUACACGGAGGUAGUGAAGAAAACUGGCACCGAGCUGGGCAAAGAUGCAUCGCCGGCAACGGUGACGAGCACCGUGGUUACGUCUAUCUCACGCGAAAGUUCCGUUCCGUUCGAGGAGGAAGAUACCUCGCACCUGCUGACGGUUUCUAGCGACAGUCUGGAUGGGGCGGUGCGUGCCCCGAAACAGGCACUGUCGAGCCGUGGCGACACCCAACCGUCGGCCCACUCGAGUAGCGACAGUCUGGAGAUACACGGCAAGAACAAUGUGGACGUGAUGACGAGCAGCAUGGACUCGAUUGAGUUUUCCAAGGCGGGUUUGGCUACCACCCGGUCCUCGCAGUCCGAUUCCAUCGAGCAUAUGUUGCAGCAGCAGCCGCCGCGCAGCGACAGCACCGAUUCGAUCGAAGCACAACACCAACAGCAGCACCAGGAACCGGGUCCCGACACCAGCAGCCCGACAAAAUCACUACACGGCCAGCGCAGCGAUGGUACGGCCGUAGCAGGCGGAAGUCAGCAGCACACCAUGUACACAACUACCACCACCGUGCAUGUGGCCGGUGGUAUGCAGAAGGACAUUUCGGCCGAUUCGCUCACCGGACCGGAUGCAGCUUUCCUUACCAGCACCGAGAGCCUGGAGACGAGCUCGACGGCCACGAAUGCCACCUAUCAGAACGAAACCGACUCCCAGAUGUCCUCCAGCGUAACCAGCUGUGAUUCAAUCACAAUGGUAGACACCCUGGGAGGACCUGGUAUGGACAGUUUUCACGUAGGGAUCGAAUUGCAGCAGCAGCAGCAGGCAACUUACGCCCAGCAACGGCAACAGCAACAGCAACAGCAAGUAUACCGUAGUUCGCAGAUCGCAUCCUCCUCCGCAACAGUGACCACGGCGAGCUCGUCCUCGUCAGCGGCAACGUCAUCGGCGUCGGCUUUCCACGGGCGGACGACGGAUAUUGAGCUAUUAAGUAGAGAACUGUUUCCAGGGGACAUGGCUUUCGAUGAGGUAACGAAGGAAACGGUCAAGGAUAAACCACAAAGUAAAUCUACCGAUAAGGAAGACUAAUGGUUGGGCUAAGACUCCUCUACAGACACACACACACACAAACUGACAUCACUUCCGGCAUUUUGCAGUGAUGCGAGAGCACGAUUUUAAGAUGUCUCCAGACAGUUUCAUCGCAAGCGCAUUACGCAGUUUUAUCGAACUACUAGCCUUUAAACAUACAAAAAGCCACCUAAAGGCCACAGAACCUUCGAUACUCCGAUAGGAUGUGUGUACUUUUCCACAAUUCCUCUACUAUUAUGGAACAACAAUCUUAAUCAGAAUACACAACGUUAUAUGCAUAUAAACCAUAAGCCAACAAAGGCAGCACUGUGCGAAAAGAUCGUCUCCGGAACAUGGCAGGAACAGCAUAAACAGGAACAUAGCUUGGCUGGCGCUCAUUUGAAUACGUGUUGUUUUGUAAUUCGGUAACAGUGGCAACAGCAUAAAAAGUUAGCUUUAUUUCAUACAUAUGCAAGAAAGGAAAGUUCAGGCCCUUUCAAACCGCUGUUGCGCCGCAAGGUAAUGGUCUAAGCCAAGCCUCACCGACAUAGUGCCGACUCAUUUCUAAACUUAACUGGAUCUCGAGCCACCCCAUCCCGAUGGCCCGGUGGGAACCAAUGGCAGUUUUACCAAGGCAACAAGCAAACUAGCUUUGGAACCUUAAGUUAAGGCAAUAUAGCAAGUGACUUGUCCGCUGCAAACAGAAUCGUACGGAUCAAGCCUUCGGUUGGAGCAGUUACUGAAGAACGGAGAUGCGCACGAGGCACUGCUUGCACUAUACUUGCAUCAAAUCCUUAACGUUACUGAACAUGCUUAUAUCAUUCUUGAAGCUUUGCGAUGGCUGAUUUACGGAUAACGCUUACUGGCAUAAGAUUCUGGUACUUCAUUUCUGCGCAUUCCCAACACCUUCGUGCGAAGGCGGCUUAACCCGACUGUGUGCGAAAAGGCAAGCGAGGUGUGCGCAACAAGGCUACGCGGGUAGCAUUAAACUCUUUUUUAAACAAAGCGGGAUGGUGGCAACACUGUGUGAAGCAAAGCAUGUUAUAGUUAAAAUUUACAAUUACUGAUAAAAUCUUAUAAUACAAACCGUAAAGUACGGAAUACACCCAAACGGGUACCUCCACUAAUGCUGAAAAGGUGUCGCGGGUGGUAGCUCAACGGGGCGCGGUCGUUUUUGUGAGAUACCAAGCAGGCAAGAUUAGAUAUUUUAACAAAGGUGAAAAUGGAAGAAAACCAAAACCAAAAUGCAUCCCCACACACACACUUUGCAUUUAAAAUAACACAAAGAAAAGGCGAAAUAAAUCAGUAGAUUCUAGGCGACUCGUGCGAGAGCCACGAGCGUGAUCUGAGAGAAAAUAUAAUGAUAUUAAUAUGAUGAAAAUAAUGUGACAUCCGCCGACAUGUAAGUGCUGCUGGCGUAGCCGUCGGCGGUGUGUAUGGAAUCAACCAAUCAGAAAAUGAUUAUUAGUGAAACGAAGUCAAACAACAUGCAGCAUAACAACAUAGAUGUACCAUUUGCAAAAUGUAUGAAAAAUAAAAGUGCUUACA